CUCUGAUUUCAGUGAUUUCUGAUGGAUUCUCUUUUAUAACCUCUAACUCCUUACAGAAUUUGUCUUUUGAAAUGGAAGAAUUUGUCCAGAGUUCGGGUGAAGAUGGUAUUGUGGUGUUUUCUCUGGGUUCAAUGGUGAAAAACCUUACAGAGGAAAAAGCCAAUCUCAUAGCUUCAGCCCUCUCCCAGAUUCCACAGAAGGUUUUAUGGAGAUACAAAGGAAAGGAGCCAACCACGUUAGGAGCCAACACUCGGCUGUUUGACUGGAUACCCCAGAAUGACCUUCUUGGGCACCCCAAAACCAAAGCUUUCAUCACUCAUGGUGGAACUAAUGGGAUCUAUGAAGCAAUUUAUCAUGGGGUCCCCAUGGUGGGAGUUCCCAUGUUUGCCGAUCAACCUGACAACAUCGCUCACAUGAAGGCCAAAGGAGCAGCUGUGGAGGUGAACAUGAACACUAUGACAAGUGCCGACCUGCUGGGUGCCUUGAGAGCAGUCAUCAACGAUCCUUCCUAUAAAGAGAAUGCCAUGAGGUUAUCAAAAAUUCACCAUGACCAGCCUGUGAAGCCCCUGGACCGAGCAGUCUUCUGGAUUGAAUUUGUCAUGCGCCACAAAGGAGCCAAGCACCUGCGUGUUGCAGCCCAUGACCUCUCAUGGUUCCAGUACCACUCUUUGGAUGUGAUUGGGUUCCUGCUGGCCUGUGUAGCAAGUGCUCUAUUGCUGGUCACAAAGUGUUGCUUAUUUUUCUAUCAAAAGUUUAUUAAGCCAGAAAAGAGAAUAAAGAGGGAAUAG